GGCGGCGGCGGCGGGAGCCCGGGCGGCGGCGGCGGGCGGAGGGAGGCGGCGGCGGCGCGCGGAGACGCAGAGCGGCAGCGGCAGCAUGUCGGCCGGCGGAGCGCCAGUCCCGCCGCCCCCGAAUCCCGCCGUGUCCUUCCCGGCGCCCCGGAUCACUCUGCCCGCCGGCCCGGACAUCCUGCGGACCUACUCGGGUGCCUUCGUCUGCCUGGAGAUUCUGUUCGGGGGACUCGUCUGGAUUUUGGUCGCCUCCUCCAACGUUCCUCUACCUCUGCUACAAGGAUGGGUCAUGUUCGUGUCUGUGACGGCUUUUAUCUUUUCCCUCCUCUUCCUGGGCGUGUUCCUCUCUGGCAUGGUGACUCAGAUUGAUGCCAACUGGAACUUCCUGGAUUUUGUGUACCAUUUUAUAGUGUUUGUCUUCUACUUCGGAGCCUUUCUCCUGGAAGCGGCAACCACAUCCCUGCAUGAUCUGCGCUGCAAUACGACCAUGACUGUGUCACCGCUCUUGAGUGAUAACCAGUAUAACAUAAAUGUAGCAGCCACAAUUUUUGCCUUUGUGACAACAGCUUGUUAUGGUUGCAGUUUGGGUCUGGCUUUACGAAGAUGGCGACCGUAACACUCCUUAGAAACUAACGGUCUGUGUUGGUUUCAUUUGUCAACUUUAUGUGUCUGAUCAAUUUGGAUACCAUUUUGUCCAGAUAGAACAACAUUCCAAAAGAAACUUGUUUAGUAUAUGGAGAGAAUUUAAGUACAAGUUUUGGUUCAUUUCAUAGAUGGAAUUUUAAUUUUAUUAUGAUGUUAAAUAGAGAAAUGGCCUUUAAUUUUACAUCUGUCUCUUUUUUAAGGAAAAUUUUCCUUUAUAUCCAUAAAGUAUACAGAUAUUGCUCAUGAAAAAGGGGUAUCUCUUUUGUUUAAUUGCUGAGUCACUUAAACCUUAAUUUUAAUAGGUAACUGAAAUUUCCGUAAAAAACAAAAAAUGAAAAGCAAAAACAAACUAUGUUUUAAAUAGCCUUCCCCCCUGAACUGUUUUAAUGUAAAACAGAGAUUGGCACCCUUUUUCUAUAAAGGUCCAGAUGGUAAAUAUUUUAGGCUUUGUGGGCCAUACGGUCUCUGUUGCAACAAUUCAACCCUGCUGUUACUUUGUGAAAGCAGCCAUAGGCAAUAUGCAAAUGAACGAGUGAGCCUGUGUCCCAAUAAAACUUUAUUCAGGAAGACAGGAAGCAGGCUGGAUUUGGCCUGUGGGCUGUAGGUUAGUUUUACAACCUCUGGUGUAACACCUUAGUUAUAUUUUACGUAUUUUAUUAAACUGAUCCUGAAGGGUAUAAAACGAGAGAAGUCAUAUAAUAUUUAGCCUCAUUAUGCAAUAAUCACGUUGCCUUUGUGUUGAUGGUCAAGUACUUACCCCUGAAAUGGUGGAUAGUUUUUCAGGCUAAUUCAAGCAGAGUGUUGGGUACAGGAAAAAGUAAUUUAUGAAGUAAAUCUUAGUUGCUUAAUCAAACUAAGGGUCUCUUACCAACUGAGCAAACCUCUCAUCCGGCAUCCUUAAAAUGAAAUCCCCAGAGACCAUUCACCACUACUGGAACUGGUAUCUAGCUACUUAUGUCUUACUUUGGAUUUAUUUAUGCUUCAGAAUACAGCUGUUUGUCCUGUGCAUGAACAUAUGAAUAUUUGUGUGUGGAUAUAUGAGGCUUUGCCAAAUAGAGCUUCCCUGAAGAGUUAACUUUUUACUUCUAAUCAUUUCACGUUACUUUCUCAGUUAACUUUGAAUAGAGUAUUAGAUAUAACUUAGAGUUGAAGCUUCUUACAUGUUUUAAUAAUAGCGCCAUUGUUUCGCAUUGGUAACAACAGCCCAUCCUACAAACUUGUCUCUGGCUGAAUUGCACAAAAAAUAUUUUAAUGCAUCUGGCUAGAGACCCUGGUUGUGGAAAGGUGCCAAAAAAUGGCUUGAAUGGGAGAACAAGUGAGAGUUAGGUUCCAGCUCCCACUACAAUGUCCAAGCAGGAUACUUAUCUCCCGCCCCAGGCGGGCUUCCUCUGGGAAAAGAGGGCUUUGACCAUCCAAAACCUUCAGCCCUUUGCUUUCAUUGGCUGAGUCAUCCCCUAAGAGUGCCCUGUCUAAGUUGUGCUAUUAGAUGUCAUAGAACGUAGAACAAUCCCGAAUGAGUCACAUGAUCAAUGCUCAGUGAUCAGAUGCUAUUUAUAUAAUAAUCACCUAGAAAGAAGAAUCUUAUCAGAGUUUGGUUUGUGAUAUAAAGACGUGGUUCAAUAUGUGGCAAGAAGAAAUCAGUCUAAGACUUUAUACUCAUGUCCUGUCUUUUCUAUAAUAUCUGACUUCCUUGGUUUUUCUAGCUUCAUACCACACACUUAAACCUGUAUUAUGAAUUGUAUAUUACAAAGUCAUAAAUGUGCCAUAAGGAUAUAUAGUUCAUUCAAGUUGGAAUCAAGUUGGUAUAGUUCAUUCAAGUUGGAAUCUAGUCUGCUAGAUUUAGUUGUGAGAUUUUAUUUUUGUUUCCAAAGUAUAACAGGUCUGUGCUUGGUGGCAUUAAAUUAAAUGAUUUCAUGAAAUGGCUUUAGUGGCACUUUUAUAAAUGGAUUGCCUCUAGAUCAUUAAGAACCAAGCCUAAAACUCAUCUGACUGUGAAUACUUAUAUUUGUAGAUUAAUUGUGUUCUGGGUUUGUGAAUUGAGUGACAAAGCACUUGAACAAAAAUUACAGCAUUUGAAAAUUUCUUUAUAUAUGCUGUAGAAAUGAGAAAGUGUUGGUUUUAAAAUCUGGUAACUCCAUGAUGAAAAGAAAUUUAUUUUAUAAGUGUUAUGACUCUAAUAAAGUAUUCAUUUGAUAAUCUUUUUUGGUCAUCUAUUUUUUAUACAAUUCACUUUGAAAUUCAGUUAAAGGUUUGAUAUAAACUUGACAGAUUUGGAAUUUCUAGACUCACAAUAUAUAAAAGUUCUGCUUUAAACAUUUCUAUGAGAAGUUUCUCAGGAAAUGUCAGUGAGCCUUUUUUCUUUGAUGAAGGUCAAAGAGGUAAGUCUUUGGAAGUAAUAUUUUAAAGGAAGUUUCAAUUAUACCCUACUUUAUUUAAAAGCAUUUAUAUAGUGCUUAAUAUGUGCCAGGCAGUGUUCUCAGCAUUUUUUCAGAUAUUAGCUCAUUUAAUCCUCCUCAUGACAAUUCCGUGGGGUAGACAAUAUCAUCUCCUCUUAAAGAUGAGGGAGCUAGGGGCACCAGGGUGGCUCAGUUGGUUAAGCGUCCGACUCUCUGGUCUUGAUCUCGGGGUCGUGGGUUCGAGCCCUGUGUUGGGCUUCAUGCUGGGCGUGCAGCCUACUUAAAAAAAAAAAAAAAACAGAUGAGGGAACUACACACAGACCUUAAGUGACACCCAGGGUCAUAUGUCUAGCAAGAGGCUUUAAACCCCAGUGGUCUGGCUCCAAAGUCCAGACACCUAAUGGCUGGACAUCUCUCAGUUCUUCAAGCUUUUAUAUAUUUUAUAUAGAGAGAAAAAUGUGACCCUUCUCCCCCCAAAACAAAAUUUUUAGCCGAAUGUUUAAUAUAAUUGUUUAUGGUAGAUGCCAUCUUUUAGAACUUUUUUUUGUCAGAGCCAAGGACUCAUGAGUUUAGCUAUAAGACAUUAGGCCAGACCUCCCUUACAGGGGAAGAGUUAGGCAGCUUUGGUCUGCCAAGGCCCCCAGAGAGCUUGGCUGCCUCUUUCUCUGGCCCAGUAAUUCUGGCCUGGGGUGUGGGCCUUCAGUCUCCUGCGUUGCCUUACAUCAAAUCAGCUCUUUCCUGAAUUAGCCUGGCUUCCUGAUGAGCCCUUGAACUGCCAUCAGAAGCGUUCUCUGGUCUGAGAUACACAGUUCGAUCUUGAUACGUAAACUCUCAAUUUCCACCUCUACACGUGCCAGAAUCUGGAAUUCUACGUCAGCGUCACGAAGAUUCAAGUUUGUUAUGAAGUGAGCCAGUGCCUCAGGGGGCAACAUAAUGUAUUCACGUGGGAGGGGGCCCAGAGUUGAAGGGGAGAUGAUCAUCUUUAGCAUGUACAUGGAUUUUUGUUAAUGCUUUCAAAGUUCAUCUCGCUUUUAGAGCGAGCCCUAAGCUGUGCGGUGGGCAGUAGGUCAAUACUAGUUGCUUUGUCUGGAGCCGCCUUCUCCCAAGGAUUUGCGUGGCCUGCUCCCUCACCCUCUUCGGGUCUUUGCUCAGUUGUCCCCUUGAAUCUCACACCAGCACUCCUCCUCCUCCUUUCUUGCAUUUCUCCUAGGCACUGAAGACAUGUAUUUUACAUAUAGCAUGAAGAGCCUAUAUUUUAUUCCUGCGUUAGUCCUCUUCUCUGCUAGGAUGUAAGGCUUAUGGACAGGAGCCAUCUACUCUUUACAGCUCCAUCCCCAGUGCCUAGAAGAGAGCAUAGCAAAUAGCAUGUACUCAGUAAUUAGAUAUUGAAUUAGCAAAUGAAUGAAUGUUCUAGCAAUACCUAAUUUUGUGUUCCAGUCGAUAUACUCUAUAAAAAUUGGUCUUGUUAGCACUUGAAAAUUUUUAGUAUAAAAUGGCUAGGCAUUUUUCACCUAGCUCUGGAUAUAUUUAGAGUGAAUUCUACCUUACAGGUCCUCUAGUAAUUAAAUAUAUGUGUGUUAUAGAAAUGUUAUGUGAUCAGUCUUGUAUAGCAGAGGAGCUAGGCAUAUAAAAAUUAGGCAUCCCGUGUAAACUCAUUAGAUCUGUAUUCCAACUUUUUCCAUGACGAGAGAUGUCACUGUAGACUCAACUGAUUUAGUCCUCAAAGCAUCACCAGAACUAAGAACUAAUGGUCAAAGGCUGUCAUUUUUCUAUAAUUAUGAUGGGAAUGGAGGGCUCUGGCUAGUGGUUUUUGCUAAAAAUUAUGAUAGUCACUGUUCUAAGUGUAACAAGAGGUGGAGGUAUCUGUAUAUAUCAUGUGGCAUUUUGAUUUUUCAUGUCUGUCAACUCCAAGCAUUAUCCUUGCAUAUGCGUGAGAGGUAUUCUAGAUGAAGGAUAUUGUUGACUUCCUACCUGCAGUUUCAUGUAUCAUUCUAAGUAUGCCUGAUGUCCUGAGUAAAUGUACAGUUUAGCCGAAGUAUGAAGUUCUGAUGCAUCAGUAUACUGGACCACAUUGCCUUUUCAUGAAAUUAUGCAUGUUAUUGAUUAUUAAAUAUGCCAUCUUCCUGAAUACUCUAAAACUUUUGUGUGCAAAAUUUUUGGAAUGUGAAUAAACUCAUUUAUAUACAAAAGUAUAUAAAAC